CAAACAAAUUGGAUAUUUUUAGAGAAAAGAAAACCUUCGCCCUUCUUUAGCUGUUCCGGCAUUCCUCUUCCAUACGUAUACGCGUUUCUCUUCCUCAUCGACUGAUGUCAUCUCUUUCCACUUCGCUCCGCCUCUUCUCUCCCAAAUUCUCUCAAAACCCUAAUCGUAAGCCAUUUCAAACAAUUCACAAAACUUUAUUGCUCUCCCCUCACCACUUCUUCCUCUUCCGCUGUCCAAUCUCAUUCCAUCGCCUCUGUGCCCCUUCGUCCUCACAACUCUUCACACCCCACUCUCAUUCUGAACAGGAGCAAUCAGAUUCCAGUUCUGGUUCCAGCCCUUCUUCUGAUGACGAUGUUUUGAAACUGCUUCCACCGGCACUCCGUGAAAUAGUAUCGCUCUUCCAGUCGGUUGGCGAUGAACCCAAGGCUAAGUAUCAACAGCUACUCUACUAUGGUUCUCAGCUCCCGGCCCUCGAUCCCCGCUUCAGGAACGAUGAUCAUCGCGUUCACGGCUGCGUUUCCCAAGUAUGGGUCCGCGCUUUCCCUGAUCCUACCGAUCCCGCCGCUGUACGUUUCGAGGCUUAUUCCGAUUCCGCUCUCACCAGAGGGCUCGCUGCUCUACUGGUGCUCGGUCUCUCUGGAUCUCCUGCUUCAGUGAUUGCCAGCGUGCCACGGGAAUUCAUCCUUCUGCUUGGAUUGCAACAUGGUCUGACGCCAUCGAGAAACAAUGGAUUUCUUAAUAUGCUGCUUCUUAUGCAGAAGAAGGCUAGGGAGCUUCAUUUUUUGAGAGAAAAUGUUGAUUUAGAUGAUGAAGAGAAGAACUUGACGACGAAUGUGAAUGGUUGGAGACCUUUGGAUUACGCUGAAUCCAAGAAGGAAAUUGAAGGUUCUAGUGCUGGAGCAGAAGAAUAUUCAGUUUCAAAGGACAAAGAUGUGAAAGUUGAAAUUGAGAGUGUGGAUGACAGAGGUAUUGCCUUAGAGGAAAAAUUUGAUGCAAGGAUUGAUAACGAUUGGCGUGUAAAAGAUGAAAAUGUUGAUGGUGACCAUUCAAGUUUGAAUAUUGUUGGUGGAACAAGAGGAGAGAGGAUUAAGAAGGUUUUAGAAAGGGCCCUUUCCCCUGUGGAGUUGGUUGUGGAGGAUAUAUCUCAUCUUCAUGCUGGGCAUGCAGGUAUACAGGGUAGUACAAGCGGUGAGACCCAUUUUAAGGUCAGAGUGGUCUCAGAGGAGUUUGAUGGGAAGAGUAUGGUGAAGAGGCAUCGUCUUGUUUAUGAUUUGCUGCAAGAUGAGUUGCAAAGUGGAUUGCAUUCGUUAUCUAUUGUGGCCAAGACUCCUUCUGAAAGCAAGAGGCCUAGCUAAAUAUAUGAGAAUAAUAAAGGUUCUUUCCAUUAUUUUUCCUGUUUUUGUGGUUGAGCAUACAUUAAUAUUAUUGAACAUACAGUUGCUGUUGGCAUCUUCUUGUUUGCAGAACUUAUCUUGGCAUGUUUGUAGUCAAUGAUAAAUUAUUUUUAAGAUUAUCAUAAAGCUAUCGGUUUUUUUUUUCUGCUAA